AUAUAUCCACAGCAAAGAGAAACCAUUCAAAUGUAGCGAAUGCGGUAAAGGGUUCUGCCAGAGCAGGACGUUGGCUGUGCAUAAGAUCCUGCACAUGGAAGAAUCGCCGCACAAGUGUCCCGUUUGCGGCCGGACGUUCAAUCAGAGGAGCAACCUGAAAACUCAUCUACUCACGCACACUGACGUGCCACAGGAUUUGAGAAUCGAUCACCAUCACCAACUGGAAUCGAGGAUCAGUAAUUCUCAAGCCCGAGAAAUCAACGAGAGGUCGAUACCCGUUCAGACUUCAACCACCGUGACUUCAACCCCGAAACUGGGGUUCAGUAUAGAGGACAUUAUGAGACGUUAA